AUGUCGGAACACCAAGACCCAACUUCGUCGGUCCCUCCCGCCACGACCGCCCCUGGCGCUCCCCUGACCACCACCCAAGAUCAGCCCGCAUCAACACACUCGCCAUCGCAGGUCUCGCCUGCGACCGCCGCGGCGGCAGCGGCAGCGGCUGCUGCUGCUGCCACGGCUGCCGCUGCGGUGGCCGCCGCCCCUGUCAACGUCAGCGUGAACGGGGCCGCCCGACCGGGAGAAGACUUGCUGUGUCAGUGGCAAGGAUGCUCUGAGCGUUGUCCCACGCCAGAAAGUCUCUAUGAACACGUCUGCGAGCGCCACGUCGGCCGCAAGAGUACGAACAACCUCAACCUCACUUGCCAAUGGGGCAACUGCCGUACCACCACCGUCAAGCGUGACCAUAUUACCUCCCAUAUCCGCGUCCACGUCCCCCUGAAGCCUCACAAGUGCGACUUCUGCGGCAAGGCCUUCAAGCGGCCCCAGGACCUCAAGAAACACGUCAAGACCCAUGCCGAUGACUCGGUCCUCGUCCGCUCCCCGGAACCGGGAUCUAGGAACCCUGACCUGGUAUUUGGCGGCAAUCCUAAGGAUCUACCAGGCUACGCUGCCGCUGCCACCCACUACUUCGAACCCGCUUUGAACCCCGUCCCCAGCCAGGCGUACCCGCAUGGCGCUACCCCGUAUUACCAGUCCCAUCAUCACCAUCAUCCGCAACCCCACCAGCCCCCUAAUCCAUCCACCUACGGCAAUGUUUACUACGCCCUGAACCAGGGCGCCGAAAAUGAGGCCUACAGCUCGCGAAAGCGCGGCUAUGAUGCCCUCAACGAGUUCUUUGGCGACCUCAAGCGUCGUCAGUUCGACCCUAACUCCUACGCCGCCGUCGGCCAACGCUUGCUCGGCCUCCAGAGUCUAAACCUUCCCAUUCUCAACGCCCCCGUCCCGGAGUACCAGCCCAUGCCGGCUCCCGUGGCUGCUCCUGUCGCAGUUGGCGGCGGCUCCGGUGGAGGUGGGGGAGGCUACGCCGCCGCUCCUGGCCCAGCCCCCGGCCACAUGCAUCACCAUGCUCAUCCGUCUGGUCCUGCCUACCAGCUGCCGCCUAUGAGCAACGUCCGUACCAAGAACGACCUGAUCAACAUCGAUCAGUUCCUCGAACAGAUGCAAAACACCAUUUAUGAGAGCGAAGACCAUGUGGCCGCCGCAGGUAUCGCCCAGCCCGGUGCCCAUUAUGUUCCCAGUGGUGUGCACUACCGUUCCACCAACUCGCCCCCGACGCAACUCGCCUCGACCCAUCCCGCCGCCGCCGCCGCCGCUGCUGCUGCUGCCGCUGCUGCCACUGGUAACGGCCCGCUUAUGGGUUCAAGUGCAGCUUCGGUACAUUCUCCGGGAGGGAGCGUCACAACCCCCGCUCUCACGCCGCCCUCCAGCGCGCAAUCGUACACCUCGGGCCGUUCCCCGAUCUCUGUGUCGGCGGUGCACCACCGUGUUUCCCCGCCCCACGAGAGCGGCCAGAGCAUGUACCCGCGCUUGCCGUCCACCAGCGCGGAACACAUGGCCACCGGUUACCCCACCGCCUCAACGGCCGCGCCACCCUCGACGCUUAGUGGAGUCUUUGACCACGAUGACCGCCGCCGAUAUACCGGAGGCACUCUGCAGCGUGCCCGGCCAGACGAUGCCGCUAUCUCCUCCGCGGACGACGCGAUGGAUCUCUCGCCGGAUCACCACAGCAACGAAGACGGUGACCGCACGCCGCCUGCCAAGCCGCGGUCUGCUGAGCCUGAAAAGCAGCAGUCGGCAUCGCCAGUGCGCUUCUCUGCCAGCCUCAUCGACCCGGCGCUGCACUCGAGCACGUCGCCCGAUCCCGAGGCAGUCCUGCGCACUGCCCAGGCGGCGACCGAGGUUGCCGACCGCGCCGAUGUCCAGUGGGUGGACCAGGUACGACUUAUCGAGCGGCUGCGCGACAUUGUCGCGCAGAGACUCCGCUCGGGCGAGUUCGAAUCGGAGUCGCGGCCUGCCUCGGACCGCGAAAGGAGCGAGGGUUCCGGCUCUGAAACCGAGGGACACGGAACCGACGGGCCCAUGGACGGAGUGGAACAACAACAGCAGCAGCAGUCAGACUCGACCCCUGCCAAGCCCGAGGAGCCCAGCAGCGCGGGGUUGUAUCCCGCCCUGCGCGGUGUGGAGGAUGCCAAGCCGGAGGCGGUGGCCUAACGAGAUACGAUUAAUUGCACACUCCAUUCCUGCCUUGAUCUUAUCCUUUUCUUUUCUUUUUUUUUUUUUUUUUUUUUUU